AUGCCGGAUCUCAUUAACAUGGCGCCGUUGCCAAUCACGAUGAUGGACCACGAGGAAGAUGAUAGCUCAGGCAUAGAUUCCAGGAGCCUCGGCGAUCCGCACCCGCAUGUAUGGUGCAAGAACUGCUCAAUCGGCGAACCCACGGUAGUAUCGGGAAACGUGGGGUUUAGCUUUGGAUCUACGAAAUACGUGGUGUACUCGAUACGGCUGGAGACAGUUCAAGGCACCAAGAUAGUCUUGCGUAAGAGAUUCAGUGAGUUUGUCAAGCUCAGAGAAGAACUACUGCAGAUCCAGCAAAAUGUCCCCUCUCUACCAGCCAAAACCGUCGGUCGCCAAUUUGAUAACUCAUUUAUCGAGCAUAGAAGACGAGGCCUCGAGUUCUUCCUCACUGCUGUUCUUCUGGAUCCCACUUUGAGUAAUACGGCCCCGAUAAAGCGGUUUGUCCUAAGGUAG